GUCCGCAUGGACAUCCCUUGGCUUGUGUCUCUCGGUUGCCCUCACAGGAAUUUCUAUACGGACUCUCGCGUAGAGGAUUCCCUCCUUCCCCCCCCUCCGGCGGCCACGGCCUCCGCGCUCCGCCGCCGCCCAGUCUGGGCGCCGCACGACCCUUGCCCCAAACCUUAUCCAACCGAUUUGCCGGUGAUGAAACCCUAACCCUAAUCCGACCAAUUGGACCCAGGAAAAAAACAAACAAAAGAAAAUAAAAUCUCGUAGGGCGGGGCGUUCUAUUCCUCAAUUUCCUCAGAAUGGAGUUGUCUGGUUCAUCUUUAGACAAUGAGUCGAUAGAAACUGUUGAAGACUCGAGUGACAGAGAGGAAGAUGAUGGAGCGAUACAUAGAAGGCCAAUGGGCCACGAUUCGAGAGAAAAUAUGGCCGUACAAGAGUACCAAGCUUUGAAAGAUGUUGAAGCUUGUAAAACAUCAACGUUGACAGAUCCGGGCGUAAGAGAGAAGCAAAAGGCGGCAAUCGUAAACUCACAAUUGGAACCAGAAGUUGGUAUGGCAUUUCACUCAGAGGAUCGAGCUUAUUUGUUUUAUAAUAAAUAUGCUCAGCGAAAGGGUUUUAGCGUUCGGAAAGGCCAUCUCGGUCGGAGAAAAGAUGGGAGUGUACGGAAUAGAGUCUUCUUAUGUAGCAAUGAAGGUUCUCGUCAGAAACAUAGUACACACUUGACGAAGAAACCCCGUGAAGCCGUCAGGACGAAUUGUAUGGCUCGCAUUGAGUAUAAAGUAAGUCGUGAUGGCAUUUGGGUUGUGAGCAAAAUCAUCUAUGAGCACAACCAUCCUCUCGUCAGGCCACAUAAAGCACACCUACUAAGGUCUCACAGAAGGCUAUUAUUAGCACAGCAGGAUGAGACAGGUGCUGUUGGAGAGAAACCUAUCGAAGCUCUUGAAUUUCCUUUAGAGGAGGCUCGUGAAUCUGAAACUGUUGGGUUUCUUCUAAAGGAUCAAAGCAGCUACUUGCACACCACGCGGAUGAGAGAACUUGAGAAGGGAGAUGCCCAAGUUCUUUUAGAGUUCUUGAAAGCUAAGCAGUUAGAGGAUCCAUCAUUUUUCUAUGCUAUACAGCUUGAUGACCGGGAACAGGUGACCAACGUCUUUUGGGCUGAUGCACGAUCAAUUAUUGAUUACUCCUACUUUGGGGAUGUCAUCUUAUUUGAUACAACUUACCGCUUAAACAAGAGCGAUUUACCUUUUGCACCGUUCCUUGGAAUAAACCACCAUAAACAAGUUGUUGUGUUUGGUGCUGCUUUGUUGUUAGAUGAAACAACAGAAUCAUUUAUGUGGUUGUUUAAAACCUUUAUGGUUGCGAUGUCCGAACGGCAACCAAAGACUAUAUUUACCGAUCAUUGUGCUGCACUUUCAAGAGCUAUUAGUGUGGCACUACCUGAGACUUGUCACCGCCUCUGUCUGUGGCAUAUAAUACAAAAUGCCAGCAUACAUAUUUCUCAUUUACACAACAGUGAGCCGAACUUUCUAAAGGAAUUUAAGAAUUGCAUAUAUGAAUGUCGCUCCGAGGAGGAAUUUCAUAAUGGAUGGGUUGAUUUAGUCAACAAAUAUGAUCUUGGUAGCAAUUCAUGGUUAGAAGAUUUAUAUGCAGUACGAGAUAAGUGGUCAUUGAUUUAUCAGAAGAACUCAUUUUGUGCUUCCAUGACUACAGUUCGGUGGAGCGAAAGCAUGAAGAAUCACUUCAAAAAGCAUUUCAAUAGGAAGUUGCCCCUCAACAAGUUUAUUGAGCUCUACCAUAAGACAUUGACACGCUUUCGUGAAAAGGAGCUCUUUGAAGAUUAUAAAUCCAGGCAGACUAAACCGGUUCUGCUUGUUGACAUGCCUAUGUUGAAUGAAGCAGCCGAAGCAUAUACUAGGACUAUGUACAAUGAAUUUGAGGGUGAGUUUAAGAGCCAGCUUUCUUGUAUUUGUGAACCAGUUGGUUUGAAUGAGACUAUAUAUACGUUUAAGGUUUCACUGACUGAAAAUCGAUGCUAUGGCUUCGUCGAGUUCAACCCAUCUAAUCUGUUAGUGACAUGCAGCUGCAGGAAGUUUGAGACCGUAGGCAUCCUAUGUAUGCAUGCUUUAAAAGUUCUCAAUAAUAACAAUAUUCUCCACCUUCCACCUCGAUAUGUACUGAAGAGGUGGACAAAAUACGCAAAUAUUGAGGUAGUAUCUGACAAAAUCCGCUAUGUGGCUGAUGUUGAUGGCCAAGAACCUAUGACAUUGCAAUACGUUCGUGUCUGGCGAAAGGCACUGUCUAUUGCAGUGAAGAGUGCUUUUUCUGAGGAUGCCUUGCAAAUAUAUGAAAACGAACUUGAUAAAUUGAUGGCUAAAGUGGAACAUGUGUUGCAUAUGGCUCCUUUGAACAGACCAGCAGAUGAUGAAGAUGUCACAGUUGUUGACAAUAUGCAACAUAACACAUUAGAAGCCAGAAAGAAGAAGCGCGGGAGGAAACCAAAGAGUGAAUCCGAGAAGAGAAGGAAGAAACCACAAACUAUUAUAAGUUCUCUUGAUACAACCACUCUUCAGCAGCCUCCACAGAAUACUGUAAAUGCAAGGCAAAAUGUGACUUCAGCUCAAGUAAUGGUUGACGAUCCAUCACGCAUUCAAUCUUAUCAUCAGAAUGGACCCACAUCAUACUGUAAUCCCAUCCCAAUGCAACCCACAGGAUGCCCUUUCCCUCAAGAGACAGUCAUCCCUACUCAGGAAUCUUUCCUACCUACACAUGGAAUAUUUGACCAUACAAUCGCUCCACAAGGAUCAAGCAAUCCCAACAUGGCAUGGUGUAGUGCCAGGGGACCAGUUGGCAUUCCCAUGCCUGUUUUGCCGGGCCAGUCCAAUUUUGUCAAUUGGGUGGCUCAACCUCGCUCCAUUCCAAAUGUCACCAUGCCGCACAAUCACCUUGAUCAUCCAAUGCAUUCCACUGUUCCAACCCACCACCAGUCAAUGUCCCGUAAGCUUAAUUUUGACAUCAAUAAAGGUAGUUAAGUAGGAAUGGUGUAGAAUAUGCGAUGAUUGAGAGUGUUGUUGACUUCAGAAUGCUUGCUGACAAGGCGUAAAUGCUGUUCUUCCUUCAACUUGCGGAUGCAUCAAGCUUGUACAAUCUUGUGUUUAGCUUUUUCUCUGUCAUAAUUCCUAGGUUGCUUAUUCUAUAGCUAAAUCCUAUUCUCGUUAUGCGAAUGACUUAGUCAUGCUUGUACAGAUAGUUCUAACAGUUUACUAGUAAAGCUUGUCAAGUUCCAUAAACUAGCAAUAGCGCCUGAUUUUGAUGUUGCUGAUAUUUUAGUAACCUAUUUGCAGUUGAUACUUGAUAUUUUGUAGCUUCCGGUGAUGCUCAAUUACAAUAUUAGAACCAUUCCGUAUUUUUUUGGCUGCUUCAGAUGUACCGUAUUUUUUGACCUUUGAAUAUAUUUAUUAAGAGAAAUGUCAAGAAUUGUAACCAGUUAUCCAAUUGUGAUCUAAUUUGGUCUUUCAUUGAGUUAGUAUAGCAGCAGAUGCAUUGAACUAAACUUGCUAGGAACUGGAAAAGAGAAGAAGGUGGACGCCGAUGAUCAUGAUAUUUUUUUUGAAUAAUUUCUGGCAUUACGGAUUUUUAGUAAUAUGGAAAAGAACGAAAUUAAGAUAGACAGAUUCAGCAAAAUAGAUGGAAUUAUAAAGGUGACGUAUUAAAAGAAUAUAUGUAAAAUGGAAGUCGUAGCGUAAAACUGAAGGUUUUUAAUGGAAUUCUUAAGAAGAUGCCUAGUCAUAUUAAGAGAGUAUCAAGAGGUUCUUGAGUUUAUGCAGGUCGAAGCUUAGCUUUAAAGAAAAACUGGCAGUUGAAUAGUGAUGUGUAAAUUAUUAGUACUUGUUACUAUGUAGUACUACAAAAGAAUGUCAUAAUUAAAGAUUUGCAGUUUCAGCAGUAAAUAGUCUAUUUUGGUCAAAAUGGAUUGAUUUUGGCUGAAUGAAUUUACAAAUGUAUGGAUUUCAGAUUUUCUGGUGAAAUUAUUUAAUUUUCACCGUAAACUACUGUAGUUUCUAGCAAAAAUGAUGAGUUUGACUGAUCCCCUCUCUCGAUAUCAAAUUCCAUUCCAUAGAUAUUCUGAUGUUGUAUUGAUAACCUUGACUUUCCUAUUCUAAUGCUUGUUACAGGAUUGAGAGGUCACGCCAAUUAUCGCUCACUUUGUACUACUCUAUGGUUAGUACUUAUGAUAUCGACUAACUACUGUACGUUUUCUCCAUUUAUAUUCUUCUAAAUUACCCUCUCUUUUAGGUGCUAGAGCUUAAAGCAUAGAAUAGUAAUGUCUCACUAUAGCAAGGUUAUGGUUGUUCAUCUGUGGUGGUGUUCAAGAAAAUAUGAUUCUCUUUUCAGUUGCUGGGACGUGCUCUAAUCUGUGCGUGUACUGUGCUUCAACACAAUCAAUAACAUGAUAUUCGAGGUGUUGACAGCUAGAAAUUUAACAAGUAGCCGAAUUCGAUCUGAAAGUUAGUAUCAUGGUCAAAUUUGCGUCACCUGCAUUUUUUUUCUUUUACAAGUCUGCAUAUAAUAUAUCUAAUGUCACAUGCCUUAAGGACGGUACAUGGUAUCCCGACUUCCUCCUACUAUACUUUCAUUGUUCUUUGCCACAAAAUAUUGAAUGUACAUUACCAUAUUUCCACCUUAUGUAUGAUGGAUGGUUUACGAGUCAUGGUUUAAGUUGGCUUGUUUUUUAUUGUCACUUUCAUUGUUAGAAUAAUAAGUUUAAUGUUUUGGUUUAAACUAAUAAUCAAUUCAGUUCAGUCUACUCAUCAUAUUUUCCAAAUUUGAAAGUGCACUUCCAUUUCUUACCAUUUUGGUAGUUGUUUAAUUCCUAUAUUUUUGAUCAAUGCUAUGAUGACUUUUCGCCCUUCAAUUUCGAGCAUAAUCUUUUUGGUUAACAAUUUAUUACUUUUGGCUACCUGCUGUUACAGGCUAUUACUGUUUUGAGAUUUGUAAUAUCUAAUCACAUAUUAUAUAACAGAUAAAGACGUUGGAGAGUGCCAGGCACUGUUCAGAUAGAUAUUAACCAUUAGCGGUGUUGUUGCUUUUCUUUAUUGAUAUUAUCUAAAACGCAUUAUGUUAUCAACAGUGUUUUAAAUAGCGGCCGCUAUACCCGCCAUAGCGGCCGCUAUAGCGGUUUUUAGGUGUUACCGCUACGCUAUAAUAUAUAAAGCGGUAUAUAGUGGUUCGGGUUCAUACCGGCCACUUUAGCGGUGUAGCGCUCGCUAAAGCGGCUGCUAUAUAGCGGUAGAAAAGCGGGCACUAUGAGCCCACCUUUAAAAAAUGCAAAUAGGUUAAAAUGGCUUAUCGGGUCGGAUCCUUAAAUGAAAUAAACCCUGUUUCUAAGGGUUUGGAAGAUAAAAAGGUGAUCCGUUUUUAAAAGAGAUUCAGAUAUCAUCAUUUUUUUGGUUUGCUAAAUAUUUUAAAGUUAAUCUUAAAUUCUUCAUAGGUAACGACAUUAAAUAUAUAGGCUUGCAAUACUAAAAAAAGAAUGAUUAGUUGUCUUUUCUUCGAAAUUAUAUGUAUUUUGUAAGAAACAUAAACAUAUUAAAUUUGUUUUUAUGAAAUCUGCUAUGAGUUCAUAACGCCCGCUAUAGCGCCCGCUAUCCGCUUUCCGCUAUGAGACUCUCCGAACACUAUAUACCCGCUAUCCACUAUUUACAACCUUGGUUAUCAACCAGGAGUAUACUACAGUGUGUGUUGGUAAUAUUGAAACAUAACCAUUCACUUCGUUUUGUUAGUUAGUUAGUAGAAUAUACGACCAAUGGAAUAAGAAGCUUCAGGACAGAGUGAGAAAAGAGAUCAUCGCCAACGAUGCCGGGAGCUUAAGCGAAUUGGGGCUCACGGUAAGAAAUCCUACUAACCAUUGCUUCAAUUCUUCCUUGUUGAGCGUGACUGCGGCUUUGAUCACUCGAAUCCAUUUGAGUGGUUCAAGUAGCAAAUUUGCUUCUCUUAUGUAAUCUUCAUCGAUGAUCCUGCUAACGUCCUUUUGAACUUUGUAAAUCUUACUGGAAGGUUCUCUUGCUGUGCAUGACUAAAAGCAAAGUAGAUGCCUUUUCAUAUCAGUUGUUCAUUUAUUUAUUGGUUGGUAUUGUGAUUCUAAUAGUAGAUGAUGGAUGCUGAGCGCAUGCAGCGCUGUACUUAUUUUUACAUUUUUCACCACUGUUUUCAAACUUCAGAAUUCUAUGUGAUUUAUCUUUUGAA